UAGCUAUUCGUGUUGCUAGGUUAUUGUCGAUGACAUCAUGAGGCUUUCGAGUCUCCAUCUGCGACAUGACUCCUUUUCUCGUUAACGGUCACUCCGGAGGUUUGUUUAACCGGAACCGAGAAGCUUCAGUCGGUAAGAACGACUCUCUUAACCCGCUUCCUCCUCCGCGGCGCUUCGGGCUGCUUUUCUCUGAGCUAACCGUUAGCAGCUGCCAGGUAAGCGGAUCGGAGCGAGGACAGGAUGACCUGUUACUCCUCUAAUGAUGGAGGAGAUGAAACCGGAGAAAAUCACGGUUAAUGGUCGGUCCUGCUGGCUUGAAUCGGUAUAAAGUGAUGCAGCAGAAGUUGUGUUCUACAAGUUCUGGUUCCUUCCUGCUGGAGAGGAACGGUCAGGCCUGUGGGGCUGUCACCGACUCAGUCUCUUCUUGUGAUCUCCCCUUCCGCUGCCCCCGAUGUGGUGAGAAGGAGCGUUUCCGCAGCUUGGCCUCCCUCCGGGCCCACCUGGAGCACCAGCACUCCUACCGCUCUCUGGAUGUGACGUCUGGGGGAUUCAGCAUUACAGGAAAACUCCCAGAUCCGCUGACCUCUGCCUUUCCCUGGCAGGACAUGAGUCUCCCAACUCGCAGGGGGCAGCAGAGUGCCGUAAGGCCGCCACACCUUCGCUCCCUAAGUGACAGCAGGGACAGCGGUUACCUGCACUCCUACAGCUCUGUGAGGAGGCGCACUCAGAGUGUUGGGGUGGGCACACAGGCAGAGGAGGAGGAGGAGGAGGAUGAAAGAAGCAGAAGUGAGCAGGACAUCAAGCUGUCCAACAAAAGGUCAGACGCAGGCCAUCAAUACCACAACCACCAUCACUUCCUGUUCUCUGCUCCAGCUUCCUUCAGCCCAGACCCACACCAGGACCCAGACCCAAACCUGGACCUGGUUGCUCAGAGCUCCUUCUCUGGCGUGGAGACUGCGGCGGCCUCAGCGGCGGUGCGUCGGCGGCUGGCCCGGAUCCUGAGAGCAGCAGACAGCACCAUGCAGCGCCGGCUGGCCCAGCUCAGCACGGAGCUGGCCAGAACCGACACGGAGCUGCUGUGUGAGCGUGCCCACUCGCAGCACCUGGCCCAGGAACGCCAGGAAGUAGCAGACCGGGAGCGGUCUUUGAGCCGGCAGGUGGACGUCGCCGUCAUGGUGAUCGCAGCGCUGAAGGAGCAGCUCAACGCCUCAGAGAACGAGCUGGAGCGCCGGGAGAGAGAGGUUCUGACCAUCCAGAUGUUCCUGGAGGCAGCAGCUCGACAGGAGACGAGUGGAAAAGUCCGGAUCCAGCGUUUCAUCGAGAACCUGUUGGGUCGCAUUGCUCUGGCUGAGAAGCUGGUGGAGUAUUACCAGGUGAACAGCAGCCAGCCUCGGUGUAACCACUACAAGCAGCAGAGUGAUAACGGACCUCACAGAAUCACGAAAAGCAGGUCAGCAGGAGGUCAGCUGUUCCCGUCUGGUCUCUAUGACAACAGAGCCCAGUCCUCCUCCCACUUUGGUCCUUCCUUCUCCAAAGCUGGUUUGGAUCGGGAAUGGGAGCGCCGGGAGCGCUUGGCCCAGUCUUCCAGGCUGUUCUGUCGGCCCGAGCACAGAGACGACAUCUGGAACCGCCAACGGCGCCGGUCCACUGGAUACGAGGCAUAGAACUUUAGAGAACCGGGUGAAGCGGUUAUUCCAGAGUGUUCAUGUGAGGGAAGUUCUGUUCAUCGGGAACCCAGAGUUCUUCUACGGUCUGCUGUUGGCUCUGUUUCCAGAUGAUAAUCUAUGAGGCUUUACUUCUGUUUGGGACAGAUUGUAGACAACAUCCACAAGUGGAGCACAGGUCUCCUCCAACGCCACACCUAAUGUCAUCCUCCUCCUCUGAUCCAAAUGAAACCUGAAAUCAACCGUUCACUAGAUGGUAACCGAGUCAGGAUCUGCCACGGAUUCUUAGUCUGGAUUAGAUCCCGGAUGGGUGAGUGGCACCUUUAACUGUCAGCACAAACACAAUGACCCCAACGGUAUCCUGAUACCUUCCUGUACAAACCCACCGUCCGGUGGGUUACUCUCUGAGCUGGACCCAGGAGAUGUCUCAAGCUGUCCAACAAACACGAGGGACUUUUGGCUCAAUGUCCUUCAGUCGGUCCCGUGGAAAACAGCCCUAGCUGCAGGUUCGGUUCUGUUUCAGAUCAGGUUUCUUAUCCAGCCUGGGUCCGGUACUGAUCCACCAAGGGGAGCCAGGGCGAGAUGAGAAACUAGGUUCAGGAGGUUCUUGAGGGCCAAAUCAGCAUGAAUCCGCUGCAUAAAAUAGUCCCACCCACCAGCUGUUCCCCCCUGCUCCUGUACCGGACCUAAAGGCAUUUCCACCAUUCCUUCGUGUGCCGAUGAAUCCGUUUUCUGCCCGGUCAGGACAGCUUUUACCUGCAGGAUGAGUUUGGGUUAGAGGUGAGCUCAGGCCAAGGAGAUGUGCUCUUUUAGGUGUUUAACUCCUUCACACACUAACGGGGGAGGUGACCAGCCCCACGCUGCUCCCAACACACACCCGUAGUAAAUAAACGGUCUGACCACCAGAACCAGAACCCUUAGGUUUGCCUCUGAUAAGAAUGUAAAUGUCCCAGACCGUGUCUGUUGUGAACACGUCUUUGCUGUCCUUGGUUAAGUUGUUUUUAUCUAUUUGAUAUAAACCUUUGUACUCGUGGUCCAGUGGAAGCAGCAGUUUCCCUCCUCUGUGGGGUUUUUAUUCAUCAGCUUGUUUCUGAGUCACUUCUCUGAUGUCAUGUUGAGGAUUUCCUGCUGAAAUACAUGUUUAAUCAGUCAGUCAGAGUAAAUGUUUCAUUAGUGUCAUAAAGCAGGAGCUGAGCUGGGUGGAGGUUGUUUCAGGGUACGGUACCACGGUACUAUAGUUAAUGCUGUUAUUACCUAGGUUAUAAACACUUUAUGACCCCGUUAAUAGUAAGUCAAAAGGACCUGAUCUGUGAGAUGUCUGUAAACUAAAUAAUAAACACAGGGUUUCCCCCAGCGCUUUAUAAGCCUGGCGGGCUUAUAAAGCCCCGCCCGACCCUACCGUGUCCGCUGACACGAAUGGCGCAGCGAAACUAGAGCCCUCCAUCAGCUGAACCCAGGUAACCCCCCACCCCCCCGAUGGCCAAAGCCGCCAGGCUUAACUCGCUUUCUGGGGUAAACCCAGAAACAGUUUAAUAAGUAUUAAUAAAGCCUGUAGACUGUAAAGAUUAACGGUUAAUCCAGGAUCUCACUGGACUGUGACUGUUGGAGACAGAUUACAGACCGUCUGAGCGUGGUUCCUAAAGGUUUUGGGUCUAUGGCAUGCCAUUGUGUGUUUUAUGGGUUUGCAUUGACCUUUAUAGUACAUUGGGAGAUGUUACUCAGCUGUUAAUGUUUUGCUUCAAAUCCAGAGCAAACAAACUGAAGCGUUUUUAUUAGGGCCGGGACUUUAACGCGUUAAUUAUGAUUAAUUAAUUAGAAAAAAAUAAUGUGUUAAAAAAAUUCACGCAUUUAGUCGCAGCUUGCAUUUCGAGCAAGGCGGAACCUUUGUCAUUGCACGACUUCCUCGUAGACUGAAUAUCGCUGACGCACACAACAAUGCACAGUGCUAAUGGCUACUAAAACGGAAUAAAAACAGAAAAAACAAAUGAUUUGAUCUCGUCUGAAACAGUUCUAAGUAAAGUUGACAUAUUUAAACUCUAUUUCUACAAAACUCGUAAAGCUACUCUUCUGUGUUUGGGCAGAAAUCAGCCUUUUGUUAUCUGGUUUCUUUUCCUGCAUUUUUGUGGGUUUUUAUGUUUGACCAGAAGAAACCUGCAGCUGCCACUGCUCUACUGCUCCUCCUACUACAGCGUCGUGUUUCUGUGAUAGCAUGCUUCAUAUGUAGCAAAACGGUAAAGUAUUUAUAAGCUCCUGUUAUUCUGUAAGUGUUUUGUAGCAGAGAAAGGUCUAUUUUGAUUGUUUAUGAAGGAAAGUUGCACUAAUACGAGGGUUUGGAUUUAUGCGGUUGUAGCUGACAAUCAGCUGGGUUUACGCACCGGUAGCAACGUUAGCAGCAUCUCCCCUGAAGGAAGGAAAGGAAAGAGUUCAGUGUUAGAUUCUGACACCUUCGGUGGAGAACAAAGCCGUUUCCAUGUUGUGUAGACGAGUUAGUGGGUGUUCCUGAGUUCAUGGCGUUUGUCUGUAGGGGUUUCUAUUAAAGAAAUAAUCUCUAGUUUUGUGCCUUUCCUUGACAACUCUGUAGUCUGUAACUCACUGUGCAAAAUGCAAUACUACAAACAGCUGGAGCAACAUGUGGAGAAAGCUGUCAGUUUGUGAAGCCCAACCAUUAAAGAGCAAACAUGUUGCCAACAUUCCUGUUGUCGGGUCCUGUUUGUCAUCAAUACAAACCUGGAAAAAUUUAUUCCACAGGAGAAGUAAAUCUUUAAAUAAAAUGAAUAAAACAACCAUUGUUACAUUUAUUUUGACCAUAAUCUUUAUUAAAGGCAUCAUAAAGCCAUUUUUUUCAUGUUUUAUUGAAUUAACUCGAUUUAGGUAAUAAACUGAAUCUUCAUCCGAGCCUGAAAGGACUAACCCCGGCUUUCCACUGGCCGUGGAAGCGGUCACAGAACGUAAUAGUGGCGUUCUGCCCGCAAGCUCGUUCCCAAUCGCGAGCGAUUUAGAUGCGAAACGGGAAUGAAAGUGUUCCACACAGCUGAUCCCGUGACGUCACGAAAUCACGGGAGAAUUGCAACGCCACACGUGAUUUUAGAAAUUCACACACAAUAUUUGUGUGUGUGUGUGUGUGUGUGUGUGUGUGUGUGUGUGUGUGUGUGUGUGUGUCUGCUCUGUCUUCUCGAUCCCCAGUGAGUCGUGGAGGAUGGCUGCUUAUACUGAGCCAGGAUUCUCUGGAGGUUUCUUCCUGUUAAAAGGGAGUUUUCCUCUCCACUGUCGCUUCAUGCUUGCUUAGUAUGAGGAUUGCUGUAUAGUCACUGACACUAGUCAGUGACUUGAUGCAAUUUGCUGGGUUUCUUAUAUAGGAAACAUUAUUUCUGAUUGGCUUAAUGAACUGACCUGAAUUGGAAUGUUUAUUAUGUGAAGUGCCUUGAGACGACUCUUGUCGUGAUUUGGCGCUAUAUAAAUAAAAUGGAAUUGAAUUGAAUUGCGUCAUCAACCGCAACACAUGUCGAGAUUCUGGUCUCUGUGAUACUUUUUAAAAAAAACCUUUAACAACUUUCAAACAAACAACCAAACAAUUAUUUGAAAUAAUUCUACAUUCGUUGCUGCUUUGUCUAAAGUUUCAGAGCAUUAACUAAUCAUCCUAAAAUUAACUACUUUCAUUAAAAAAAAAACAUAUUUUCAGAAAAGGCACUUGAGCCUUUUUUCCCCGCAGCAAUGGAUUGUGGGUAAUACCCCUCACCCGAGUCAGCAGCGAUGCAGACUUGGGUGAAGUUCAGAUCAAGGGUGUAAAAGGGGUGUGAUCAACUUCUACAUUUGAGAAUCGAGACACCCUACAGACUCACACCCCCUGGUCGAGAUCGCGCAGUUGAAGGGUGGAAGUGUGAGGAUGGCAUGCCCUCGCACCUGGGCGGGGGGCAAGGGCCUUUUUAGCCUUUGGUUACAGUCGUUGUUUUGGACACUGCCAAGUGUCUUGAACAACCUUUGUUCAGAGAGAGUUUGCUGCAUAGGCUAACUGCUAGGUUAAGGUUAGGUUAACAGAUAAACUGGUAUUUUGUUGGAAGAACACAGUCACGUGACCUUAGAUCCACAUUUCAUUCCAGGAACAAAUGAUUUAGGUUUCAUUUAAAAAGAGUGUUCCCUAAACUACCAACAUGAGAUUCCAGUCCUGAGUGUAGACGAGACUUUCUGCAGCAGCUCUUAGAGCCUUGUUUAAAACAUCGAUGCAAAGUCCUGGGGCCUCAUUCAUAAAGCUUGCUUACGCACAAAAUGGGGUGGGAAAACUGCGUGAACAACUUUCCACGCAAACUUUGGGAUUCAUAAAGGAAAACGUAGCAGAAAAAUGUGGCAACUUUAAGUUGACUAAGGACCUGGCUUACGCACAUGGGGAGCACCUGCAGUGCUGCUGCUGAGAAGAUACAUUAUGAAUUCCAGCAUCAUUAUACUUCUACCCCCCCACCCCACACACACACACACACACACAGAGUCUGAAGAGCAGGAUAUGGAAUGAGACAAAAUGUCAUGCGUCUGUGACAGCAUGAGCGUCCUGUCACUGUGACCCGACUGAUCAUGCACCCUGGCUACUUGGCCAAGAGGAUGUCCCUUUGGCUGACUGGUUAGUGUGAGUGACUCUCAUCCGGAGUCCAGGGAUCGGAUCCCGCCCGGGCCCUCGCCUUUCCACCCUGCCACACGUCAAUUAUAGAACCAACACAGAAGACAUGAUUUUUAUCUUUUAUUUUCUUGCCAAUUCUUUAAGUGUUCCUGAAAUUACAGUCAGGACAUCACAUAUUCUGUGCAGUUCUUCUUGCACUUCGUUCAUCGCACCAAUCACAUCCCUCUGUGCCUGCAGGACAGCGUCCGUUAGCACCCGGCCACCUCUAGGAGCGCCAUGCGCCCGAGGCGCACUGGUAGGACAGGCCGACUCUGCAGUCACAUCUAUGGUCGCCGCCCAGGAUGCCUCGUUGGACGCUUCGUCCAGAGCCACUGGGGGGAUACGACAAGAUUUUGUUUUGUUUUAUAUUUUAAUGACGGACACAUUUGAUCUGUAUUAAUAAAAGGCUUAAACGUUACCAGUCUCCUCUGCAUGGUCUGUGUCUCACUCCUCCUCCGGCACGAGGCCACACACGCUUGCCGGUCCGAGUACUGCUGAGAUCCUAACGGUGAGCGGUGGGAGAUCAGAGGUGCCAGGGCCUCCUCCAGUGGCAGACACACUCUGGCGUUGGCAAAACAUUUUGUUUUUUAGCCUCCACCUUCAGAUCGGACCUUUUUUUUAUAUCCGCCACAGAUCUCUCUGAAGAACUCACAGCAUUGACGGCUUCAGCGAUGCUGUGCCACUCCGUGGAUUUUCUCUUAUUUGUUUUGCAAAAGCACUUCCUUUCAUUUCUCCACCUCACCCACAAGUACCUCAAUUUCUGCUUCGGUGAAAUAGCGCUUCCUUGAUCUGCAGUUGCCAUCAUUAAUGGUGGAGCGCUGCAACGAGCCGGCUUAUAUAUAUGCAUGAGAUCCACAAGACACUUUGCAUUGACCAUUUAUGGCAGAAAGUGGGCGUGUUGAGGGCGAGAUGUGAUCCAGAAACACCUGAGAACCUUUUUAGGUAGAGUGAUUUAUAAAGCUGUGCUACUCCAUGUUUGAUAGAUCACAAACCUACUUGGCGUAAGUACUUUUUUUUUCCUGAGCUUUACAGUUUUAGUAAGGAUUCCACGCAAUAUUUGAUAAAUGAGACUACUGAUGAAUUAGAGACGUCAUCCCUUUAAGAGGGAGUGAGAUCCUCCUUCAAAGCCACCAUAGGAGUGUGACCAUGUUGGCUUCCAGGAGACGGUGAGGAGGAACCAGCGGACUGAUCCACACACCCCCAAACCUCUCCUGUUAAGAGACAUUGUCUGAUGCAGGAUGUCUGCAGGCGACUCAGCAGGACGCAAUCUGGUGUCGGUAGACUUUGAGAUCUUCGGCCAUGUCCAGGGAAGGUUUGGUUGAGUAAAGAAGGAAGUCCAUCAUGUCGGAUCACCAGAGCUUCCUUCACCAACCAGAGGGCCAUCGAUAAACUGGAGAUGUCUGGGUUCAGCACUCGGUUCUGAGCAGCUGAGCGGCUUCUUCUCCACUAUCGGGAGCAGAGAAGAUGCUAAGAGCUACGGUUACAAAAUGUAACAACAAUUUUCUGCUGCAGGCUGAGUUAUCAGCCAGAGAAAUGUGAGAUUUUAAUUUUAAAACAUUUUGUUUGUUUUGUUAUAAAAGCAUCCUAAUAUUCAGACAUUCAGUUGGAACGUGUAGAACUAGAGCUCUUAUUAGUCUGACACAAAAUAAUCUGAGAAAAGAAAACCUUUGAUGGAAUUUGGUGGCUUUUCAACACAUUUUGAUAACUUAAAUAACUGUAAAACUAUCCAAAUGAUAAAAAAUGUAUUUCUUGC